CCCAAAUCAGAAGGUUUAGGGUUUUAACCAAACCCUGUAAUAUCCCAAUGGCGAUCUCUCAAGAACUCUACCCCUCCCAAGACGACCUCCUCUACGAAGAAGAGCUUCUCCGAAACCCUUACAGCCUCAAGCUCUGGUGGCGCUACCUAAUCGCCCGCUCCGACGCUCCCUUCAAGAAGCGCCGCACCAUCUACGAACGCGCCGUCAAGGCCCUCCCCGGAAGCUACAAGCUCUGGCACGCCUACCUCCGCGAGCGCCUCGAGCUCGUCCGCAGCUUCCCCAUCUCCCACUCCGAGUACGAAACCCUAAACAACACCUUCGAAAGGGCCCUGGUCACGAUGCACAAGAUGCCGCGGAUCUGGAUCCUCUACCUCCAGAGCCUCACUGAGCAGAGGCUGGUGACGAAGACGCGGCGGACCUUCGACCGCGCGCUGUGUGCUCUGCCGGUGCAGCAGCACGACCGGAUUUGGGAGCUCUAUCUGGUGUUCGUGAGCCAGAAGGGGAUGCCGAUCCAGACCUCGCUUCGGGUCUACAGGAGGUACUUGCUUUACGAUCCCACUCAUGUUGAGGAUUUCAUUGCGUUUUUGAUUGACUCUGAGCUGUGGCAAGAGGCGGCGGAGCGGUUAGCCUCGGUGCUGAAUGAUGAUCGGUUUAGGUCGAUUAAGGGGAAGACGAAGCAUAGGUUGUGGUUGGAGUUGUGUGAUUUGCUUACUAAGAAUGCGACGGCCGUGUCGGGGCUGAAUGUGGAUGCGAUUAUUAGGGGAGGGAUUAAGAAGUUUACGGAUGAGGUGGGGCGGCUGUGGACGUCGCUGGCGGAUUAUUAUAUCAAGAGGAGCUUGUUUGAGAAGGCGAGGGACGUGUUUGAGGAGGGGAUGCAGACUGUGGUGACUGUUAGGGAUUUUAGUGUGAUUUUCGACGCGUAUGCGCAGUUUGAGGAGAGUAUGCUUGCCAUUAAGAUGGAGGCGUUAGGAAGUGAUGAGGAGGAGGAGGAGGAUGAGGGGAGAAUGGAAGACGAUGGAAGCGAAGAGGAGGAGGAAGAUGUUAGGACAAAUGUAGACUUGUCGGUGGCUGAGCUCGAGAGGAAAAUACUCCAUGGGUUUUGGCUGCAUGAUGAGAAUGAUGUUGAUCUGAGGCUGGCGAGAUUGGACCAUCUUAUGGAUAGAAGACCUGAACUGGCUAAUAGUGUAUUGUUGAGACAAAAUCCGCAUAAUGUAGAGCAAUGGCACCGGAGAGUGAAGCUCUUUGAGGGCAAUCCGACGAAGCAGAUACUUACGUAUACCCAGGCUGUGAAGACAGUGGAUCCAAUGCAAGCAGUGGGGAAGCCUCAUACGUUGUGGGUUUCUUUUGCUAAGCUGUAUGAAACACACGGAGAUAUUGCAAAUGCGAGAGUGAUUUUUGAUAAGGCCGUCCAGGUCAACUACAAGACGGUGGACAAUCUGGCUAGUCUAUGGUGUGAGUGGGCAGAAAUGGAAUUGCGGCAUAAGAACUUUAAACGUGCCCUGGAAUUGAUGAGUAGAGCUACAGCAGAGCCAUCUGUUGAGGUCAAACGAAGAGUUGCUGCUGAUGGGAAUCAACCAGUUCAGAUUAAGCUCCAUAAAUCCUUGAGGCUUUGGACCUUUUACGUGGAUCUGGAGGAGAGCUUAGGUACACUAGAGUCUACGAGGGCAGUGUAUGAAAGGAUUCUAGAUUUGAGAAUAGCCACACCUCAAAUUAUAAUCAACUAUGCGUUGCUUCUUGAAGAACAUAAAUAUUUUGAAGAUGCAUUCAAAGUUUAUGAAAAGGGUACUCAAAUAUUCAAGUAUCCGCAUGUCAAAGACAUAUGGAUUACAUAUCUCUCCAAAUUUGUAAAAAGAUACGGGAAGACUAAGCUGGAACGUGCAAGAUUGCUUUUUGAGGAUGCUGUUAAAGCGGCUCCUGCUGAUGCGAAGAAACCUUUAUAUCUUCAAUUUGCAAAGCUGGAGGAGGAUUAUGGUUUAGCAAAGCGGGCUAUGCAUGUGUAUGAUGAAGCAACCAAGGCUGUUCCGAACCAUGAAAAGUUGAGCAUGUAUGAAAUUUACAUUGCCCGUGCAGCUGAGAUCUUUGGGAUCCCCCAAACAAGGGCCAUAUAUGAGCAAGCAAUAGAAUCUGGUCUCCCUGACAAAGAUGUGAAGCCAAUGUGCUUAAAGUUUGCUGAGCUUGAAAAGAGCUUGGGCGAAAUUGAUCGUGCUCGGCAAAUUUAUAUAUUUGCAUCACAGUUUUCCGAUCCGCGAUCAGAUGCAGAAUUCUGGAACAAAUGGCACGAGUUUGAGGUGCAACACGGGAAUGAAGAUACAUUUAGAGAAAUGCUUCGAAUCAAACGAAGUGUUUCUGCAAGCUAUACUCAGACACACUUUAUUCUACCCGAGUACGCGAUGCAAAAGGAUCAGAGGUUGAGCAUUGAUGAGGCAAAAGACAAAUUGAAACAGGCUGGAGUCCCUGAAGAUGAAAUGGCUGCUCUUGAGAGGCAGUUGGCUCCUGUGAUCAGCGAUACGCCCUCGAAAGACAGCAACAGGAAAGUGGGCUUUGUGAGUGCUGGAACAGAAUCACAGACUGAUGAAGGGAUAAAAGUUACUGCAAAUCACGAGGACAUAGAACUACCAGAAGAAAGUGAUUCUGAAGACGAGGCGAAUGUUGAAAUUGCACAAAAAGAGGUCCCUGCUGCUGUUUUCGGGGAUUUGGCUAACAAGAGAAAGGAUAUUGAAGAUGAUGAGGGCGGAAACAAGGACGGUGAGAGCCCCCUUGGUGCGCUUGAGAGAAUAAAGAGGCUAAGAAAAGGGUGAUUUAUUUAGGUUUUGAUGCAAUUACAUAUCUGAGCCAUUUUGUAUUCAGAUUUCUUUUUGGCCCCUUUAUUGUAACCUGUACCUGUAUAUUUGAAGCAAAUAGCUCUAGUUUUCAGCACACUUUCAUGUAACCGUGUAGUACUGUGGAAAAAAAAACGUGAUUUCUCGUUUGUCUCAUUUUCAAAGAGGUUGACAAGAAUUACAUAUAACAAGAACUAGAUCUCUACUGAUU